AUGUGGCUGAUGUCCACAAAGGGGUAUAUUUCAUUUACUUGUUAUUGUUAGGCUGACUUCCAUAGUUUUAUCACCUUUCAGGAGUGGCCUAGUCACAGGUAGAGUCAUAUUGAACUUGGCUUUGCUUUUGUUAUGCUAAUGCUUGGUUUUGAAUGGAAAUAAUAAGAUGGAAAGGAAGGGUCCCCCCUCCCUCUCUCCUUCCACCCGCGCUGCUUUUCAAUUUUCAGUCUCAUGGACAUUAGAGGAAAAAUGAUAAAUUAAAUUGGGUUUUUAUUACAUUUUUCUCUCUGAAGAAAACGUCUCUCAUACACAAAGGAAGGUAUUUUGUGAGAAAAUGUAUUUUUAAUUGAUUUAAUCUGCACUAUGAUUGUGUACCUUUUACAAUAACCUUUUUGAAAUAAUUUUAAUAGAUGCUGACUCAUUGAUUGUCCUUGCGGAAUAUAUUUGUGAUUGUCUAAUUUCUUUCAUUAUCGUCAUUCCGUUUUUUUCUCCAACAUUAUCGUCAGUCAGUUCUUUUCAACAUUGGCUCGCUGCGUCAACGUGAGAAUAUCCAUCUGUAGCCUGUAGAUAUCAAGGGCACAGCUGCAGUCUUUUACUAAUAGAACCUAAAAAAAGACCCUCAAUUGAGCAAAUGGAAAAAUGUGAAAAUGGAACAAAAACGGCCAUGCAUUAUUUGAAUUUAGUACAAGGGUAUGCUCUUUCGCUGAAGUAGGUACUUUUUGACAAACCGUAUUUGGCAUUUGAAUCUUACUGCCAUCUAAUGAACAGUUGAGGGAUGUUUGUGAAGUUGCCCUUCCAGAGUGAAUUUGGCUCCCAGUCCUAAUCUUUCAUCCUUUCUAAGUUUUUCACCCGACCUUCAAUUCACCGUUAUUACCAACCUCUUCCACCUUCUGCUAAAAAUAACAUAAUAAUUAAAAUAAUAAUAUAAUAUGCCAUUUAGCAGACGCUUUUAUCCAAAGCGACUUACAGUCAUGCGUGCAUACAUUUUUGUGUAUGGGUGGUCCCGGGGAUCGAACCCACUACCCUGGAGUUACAAGCGCCGUGCUCUACCAACUGAGCUACAGAGGACCACACAUGAAUUGAAAAUACAUGUAUCAUUUUGGGCUUUUGAUGUCGUCUUUAAUGUUUUGGAUGACUUCUUGUAUCCUAAACUUCUCCUUAUGUUUCUCCCUCUCAGUCUAAUCAAGGCGGGCAACAAGCCCCAGAUGAUACCGGGAGGGAAGCCAAAGAAAGCCACCACCUUCCAGGAGUUUGAGAGCAUCACCAGCGAUGCCUGGGACGUGGGGGACGAUGACGACGAGCUGCUCGCCAUGGCCGCACAGAACCUCAACAUUGAGGUCGUCAUGGAAACCGCCAACAAGGUGAUUUGUAUGAUGUGAACAUACAACUCAUAAGCCCUUUUUCUAUUAACAUAAGCUCUUAUAAUACAUUAAGCAGUUUUUAAGGAGUAAGAAAAUAAAUAUAUUGUUAUUAUCAUUAUGCAGGUGAUUGAGAACCACAGCAAGCAGCAGGAGAAGCAGAGACAGGACGAUGCCGACGCGUCAGAGCUGGAGGAGAGAGAGGAAGAGGAGGCGCAUGAGGAAGAGGUGGAAGAAGAGGAAGAGGAAGGGGAGGAAUCGACCCCCGAGGUGUCGUUUGCCUCUGAGCCCAGCCCGCUCGGCGAUGGCAGACUGGUGAAGUCACUGAGUGAGGCCCCCAUCGGAUCACCUAAGGGUAAGUAGACAUCUGUUGCACGUUUCUCUCUUCUCGGUCUCUCUCUCCCCUCUCUCUGUCUCGCUCCCUCUCUCUAUCCAUCAAUCGACAGACAAACAAAUGUGAUUGUCAGGGGAAGUGACAGAUGUGUGGAACAACUGCCUAACAAGGAAGGAAUCUUGAAAGGAGGAACCCCACUCCAUAGAGUCCAUCCUCUCCUCUGUCUCCAGUCUCCACCCACUCCUUCUAUACACAAUAUUUCCUCUGCCUCUGCUAUGAGCCUGCUAGGCUUUUCAUGUUCAUUCGUUAGUGUGGUAACAGCAAUAGCAGCAGAGGGUGGGGUUUGUGUUGUGUUGUGUAGUAGGGAACAGCUGCCUGCUGUCUGUCUGUGGUGGUGCCGGAGAUAAGACAGCAGCCUGUAGCAGCCCUAACUCCAGUAGUUAUCUCCAUGGAGGAGACACUGUCUGCUCCAUUCAUCUGUGUUGUUCAGUACACACACACGCGCACGAAGACAGACGCGCACGUCCGACGCACGCACACACACUGCCCACUGCUCACACACUCCCCUUCCUGCUGGGCGAGACCACAUAUUGUCUCUGAUUGUUCUGCUCUCUAUUAUUGAGUCUACUGUAGUGUUUGGGUAAAUGAUCAAUCAUGGUGAUAAUGCAGUGCCUGAAUAGCUACCCCCUCUCUUCUUGUUCUUUGUCUGCACGAAGUGAUAGUACUCACACACUCCCCUUUGCAUGCUGUGUUCAAAUCAAGCUGCCGCCUUGAGCUCAACUCAUCACAUAAAACCUUGGUGUUCAUUUUCCUUUAGUCACAUCACUAUAAUCUUGUUGUGUCUGUCUGGUAGCUCCUCUCUACCCCCAACUCUACACUCCCGUCUGUCUAACCUGGCACUCCCCUCCCUCCACGCUCUCUCUUCUCUUCCUCCCUGCCUUCUGAUGUGUUGUUGUCUGUCUGUGGACCCAGCUGCCUGGUCCUACAUUAGAUAAUGGCCCACUGCAAGGCUAUCAUUAGGCAUCAGCACCCAGCCUGCACUCAGGCUGCUCUCUGCUAAUGGAUAGACAGACAGACAGACAGACAGACAGACAGACAGAGAGUGGCCUGACCUCGUCCCUGCAGCACUCUACACCCUCUCUGAGUGUCCUCCACUGACCUCUAUCUUCUGUUGCUGGGAACAAACUCUACUCUGCCCUGUAAUUGUCUGUAAUGGGGGUUUGCUGUUGCUGGAGUGGAGAAAGGUGGUUGGGUUACACAGUGUUUGUGUGUCUGUUUGUGUGACGUGUGUUUUCAAUGAGUGUGCUCGGAGGAAAGGUGCUUGCAACAGGUGUGCAUGUUUGUCUGUGUGUUUUUGCGUGUGUGCAUCUUUGUGUGUGUGUCUGCGUGUUUAUUGUUCUCAGUAUAUCUCCCCUCUCUCUGUUUAUCCAGAUGCGGCCGGAGAGAGAGCGUCGCUCCACAGACAGCAGUCCCUUCCCCACCGGCCCACCAUCCCCAUGGUGGCUCGUAUGGCUGACCAAAACACCUCCGGGACCCCAGCCAUGACAGAGAGAGAGGCCUCCCGCCUGGACAAGUUCAGACAGGUCCUGGCUGGACCCAACACUGACCUU